GGCAUGUUUGUUAAAGCUAAAAAUGGUGACACAUCCGGUACAUGUUUAAAAAUAUCACAUGUAUUCUGAAAGAACCGAUACAAACUAGAGACUUCAGAAGAAGUCUGAUUUUGUCCAACCAAAGAUAAAUCAAAAGAGAACUACCAGCCACACUAGGACGUUUUGUUAUUUUGUAAAAUGUCUCUUUACACCCUUGUUUUCUUUCCUGUAUUGUCAGCUAAUUCUUGUUUGAGUCAAGUUAUAAUGAGUCACCUGCAUAACAGUUAAUUAAUAUUGAAUAUGUUCCUCUUUUAAUUUUACACAACACAAAUUCAGUGGAUUAAAAAAUAUAUACGUGGAACUAAAUACAAGGUGAAUUGGAGUACAAGAUAUUGAGGAAUACGAGACACAAAAAAUGAGUCUUGAAGACGAAAGUGAAAUGAUCCAAUUCGUUGGACGACGGACUGAACGAGAAUCAAUUAAGACUAUAUUAUUAAGUGGACAACAUAAACUAAUACAACUUCAUGGUCAAACCAUGGUAGGGAAAAGUAGACUUGCACGUCAGGUAUUGCUUGAAUUGAAACAUGAACAGGAAGAACUGAAGGUCUUACAAGUGCCAUGUUCAGACAUAUGUUCCUGGGAACAUUUCUUGCAACGCUUUGUGCAGACUUGCUUCAAGGAUAAACCUCAAAUAAUGGAAGAACAUUUCAUUUUCAAGGAAUUUAAAGAUGCUUCUUACAAUCUAGUCUCCAAUUUGCUUUUUACAAACUGUGAAAAAUUAAAUUUUCCAUGUAUUUUGUCUGGAAAAAAAUUUGAAGGAUUUGUGUUGAAACUUCUCAACGAAUGUCAAAAUAUAAACAUCAUGGUGACUUCACAAAUCAGAUAUGAUUUUGAUUGUUGUAGUAAGGAUAUCAUGGUUAGUCCACUGGAUGAAAGUGACGUGCGGCUCCUGCUACAAGAUCUUUUACGUGGAUUUGACAUUCAACCAUUUAUAAAAACUGUCACAGAAAGAUGUUAUGGAUUACCACCUUAUGUGCUUGAUGCCGCCUGCUGCAUCAAAGCCAAUGCUGAUAUGGCAAUUAGUGCCAAAUAUUUAGAUUGGUAUCUUCAUGAUGAACGUCGAUCAAAGAGAAUUCAUGGCGACAACCAAUCAGGUACCAGUGUACAAUCACUUGAUUUAAUUGAAGGGUUGAGUGAUUACUUAAAAAAGAAGGUUAUAGACUUGUCCAUCUUUAGAGGUUCGUUUGGGAUGGACAGUGUUACAGCUGUUCUUGGCACAGACACUGAUAAUAAAGAACCACAAGUCAAACAUGAUCUGAUUUCUUUGAAACAGAAUUCAAUCAUCAGCACCAUAAGUUCAAAUGGUACUUUGCGCAUGUGUUUGGUGCCAAAUAUUGAAUCAUAUGUAAGAAAUGUGUUAGUACAUCGAGUCACCUAUGAUGAUGUAGCACGUCUAAAGUUUGUGACGUUCUUUGGAGAUGUUCUAUCCCGAGCAAAUAAUGAGAUGUUUAUUACAUCACAACAAACUGUGUACGGCUAUUUGCGUGAUGAUUGGUUAAAUUUGGAACAAGUAUUAAAGGAGGCCAUUCAUUGUACAGACAAAACUUUCGAGGCCUUUUUGAAGGUAGCAGUUGGAGCCAGUAAUCUCUUGGUGAAAUGUUUUCCUGAAGAAGCUCUUUUAUUUUACCAGACAAUGGUGAAUGUAUCUGAAAUAUAUGGGUCUUCUAACAAUAUAGCGGUUUUACGAGCUGGUUUAGGGAGGGCUAUAACAUACACCAAAGGUGAUGAUCUAGAAAAGGCCAUGGCUCUGCUUAAUGAUGCUCUUGACGUUUUAAAAGACUGUGGAGCCAGUCGUAUUUUGAUAGAUCUGAAGAGGGAUAUGGGUUUCAAUUACUACAAAAGAGGUUAUUAUCAAGAAGCCUUAAAUUGUUGCACAAAUGCCUUGGAACUAGCUAAUGAAAUGGAGUUGAAUAUUGGUUUAACCAAUCAGAUAAUAGCAGUUAGGUCUCUCAUAGCCAUACAGCAAAUAUUCCUCGGAAACUUCAAAAAGGCUGAAGAGCUCCUGUUUGAAACUUUAGAUUUAGCGUAUAAAUAUACCCCGUCCCAUCUAUCUAUAGCUAUUAUGAUCAAUAGUUUAGGUAUUUUGUAUGAGAGAUCUGGAAAUGAUGAGUACGCUAUGAAGUAUUAUAGAGCUUCUCUUAUUGAGAGACGGAAAUACGAAGACAUGGUUCCUGCUGAUCUGGUCAUAACUCUGAAUAAUGUUGGUAUGCAAUACUCAAAAAGAAGCCUUCAUAGACAAGGUCUCACAUAUUUAGAAGAAGCCUAUUCAAUUCGUCAACGUCUGGGAUAUUUAGAUUUUAACACGGCUUUAACGCUGUGGCACAUGGGAAGAGUAAAUAUGUUACUCUGUGAUUUACCGAGAGCCUUGAAUCUACUAAACGAAGCUCUGCAGAUUUACAAUAAGUGUACUAAAUAUCACAGUGUUCACAUUCAUGUCCGGUUAGUACUUGGUCAUUGUUACGUGCUUCUGAAAAAUAUCAAGGAUGCCCGUUCAUGUCUUAAAGAAGUUAUUGAAUUCCGAGAUAUUUCCAUUAAUCAAUCUCCAAAAGAUCCUCAUCUUUCUUUAACGUUAGGACAUUUGGUAAUGCUGGUCCAAUUUGACAAGAAAUUAUUAAUGGAGGUACUGAAAGAAUUUGAUAGAGAACUGGAUCGUUAUUUAAAUGAGUGUAGUGCAGAUGUUCGAGAAGACUACCAAACUCUGUCCACAGGCUGUAAAAAGAGUCUCUGUGACCUACAAAAAAAUAUUGCUCCAGACUUCACAUUCCUACACAGUGUCCACAAAGUAUGCUUUGUUUGUAAAGAUUUAGAAGCUGUGGGAUAUAAUGCUGAGUUAUUCUGGAAAGAUGCAACAUCAGAGGCCAAAAACGAAGCAUCAUUCAAGGAGAAAUUAAUAAGCUCGACAGUCUUACGAAACGCAUCAUCCAGUGACAAAGAUAAAGGACAAUCGAAAUCUCAAAUGAACCACAAUGACAUAUUAGGUCGGUAUGAUUCCAGAGAGUUAGGUUUGUUAGAACCAAAGACUGCUACCAUGUGUAUACACCGCCUUAAUAGUGAUGAUCACCUCUUUGAGGAGCCGAAGGUUAGAGAAAUUGAUAAGCACCCAACUUUACGUUAUGAAACUAAAGCAGACCCAAAAAUUCAACCAGAUUUAAAGAAGUUUGAGUUAAAGCUUAUGCAAUAUCAGUGUGACUUAACCAAGCUGUCGACUCCUAAACCACCCCACGAACUUCGGUUAGUAGGAGAACAAAUUACCUGUGGAUCUCAACCUGCUGAAAAAUUAUCUGGGAGGCAUGACAAUUGUGCUCUGGAAGAUUUGAUGGAAGAAAAUAGUGAUAAUAAAACCAAAUACAAAUUCCACAGAAAUCAACACAACAUUGAAAGAUGGCAAAAUGAACAACUUAAAACAUUUAAAAAGUGUGAUUCAAAUAUACAAAAUAACAGACUGGAUAAAUUUGGAGAAGUGAAAGGGACAGAAAAUGUUGAUAAUUUGUGUGAAAAAUCUUUAUCCAAUCAGUUCCUAAUAACUUCAGAACAUUCAAGAGAGCAGUUACAACCUCAUUGUGUUUUCAAAAGUACAUUGGGUCGCAUGGAAGGAGCUGUGGAAAAUGAUGAUCGGUCAGGUUCCAGUAUUCCUUGUUGCCAAGAAGAAAAUUGCAAGUGUUCUCUGAGCAGCAGACUACCAGAGGAUCCCGAGAAAAGAUCUUAACAAUGCCAUGGUUAAAAGAGAUUUUCUAGCAUCUGAAAUAAGGCUUUACAUGGUAUUGAUGUUUAAAAGUGAAUCUUUACAUUUGUAGUCAUAACUUAUUUACUAUAAGAUUUGUAUUACUUCCUAUGAAAAAGAGUACUGGAUUGUAAGUUAAGUUCUGGAUUGUAAAAUCCAGAUGUCUGAGCAAUUUCUGGUGUUGACCGAGAAAAUUUGGCCAGGGUUUGCCGGUAUGGUUUUCCCUUGUCAGUGAUGCAGGACAGAGGUUCUAGCCAGGAACAGUGUCUAGUCAUUUGGAUGGAAAAAAACUGAGGUCCCAUUGGCGUGCACUUAUAAGAACCCUUCACAGUUGGAAUUCAAUUGCUGUCUGGGUAAAAUUUCCCUCAUAGCACUCUGUACAUGUAUGUUAGAUGUCUGUCUUCAGGAGGGUUAGAUGGCCGAAUGGUUAGCACGUGCUUGCUGUUACAUAAGGUCUGUCAUUGAGUCAACUGGCGUGGUUUCGAUUCCCCAGUUGUACAUGACAAGGAGUAGGGUCACCUAUCCGACCUCGUGGGUUUUCUCCGGGUUCUCUGGUUUCCUCCCACUGCUAAAGUCCCCUGUGUGCACGAAAAUUAUUGAAAUAAAAUUAAACCAUAUUUUAGUCCCAAAAUCACCAAGUUUUUGUCGAGUGGACGUUAAACCCCAUUUCUCUAUCUCUGUCUGUCUUCAUUAGCCCCUGUGGUGCAGAAAAGUAGCAUGUUAAACCAGUGAUGGGAUUUUGCCCGUAUAUUCCGGACCCGGACAUGUCCGACGCUAUUUUCCAAACGUCCUAAAUUGUCCGACCAGGAAUAUGCCCAAUGGGACAUCAAGACAUGGUAAAUAAUAUUCAAAAUUCCAAAAUUAAUAUAGUAUACUGAGUGCAUAACUACCACUCAACCCGAUUAUCGUUGAUAAUAGGCUGGAUUGAUUAGGUAAUUAAGUGAUCAACGUAUUUAUCGUUUUAUGCCGUCAAUACACCUACCUUGAUUAACUACUUAAUCUGCCUUGAUUGGCAGACUUAAUUCUUUGUCGGACAAUUCAUCAAUUCAAUCCUGAACAAAAGUCAUUGAUUCUCUUUGUUGAACUAUAUAUCAAUCUAUAUAUCAUUCAUUCAUUCUGAGAAAUUGCCCCCCCCCCCCCCCACCUUUCACUUUGAAUGCUAUGAAUCUAGAAAAUUCUUACCCACUAAAAGGCACUGGUACACAGUACAGUGUUUCUAUUUAAUAAAAUAUAUUUAUUACAAAUAUUUAUACAGUAUAUUUAUUACAUUUUUUUAUAAAUAGAUAAAUUAGAUUAUGUGUACUUUGAUAUAUUCAGUUUUCAUUCACUACUAAAGUAUGUCUAUUACAAACAUUUAUAAGGUAUAUUAAUUACAUCUUUUUAUAUUUAGAUAAUUUCAUAUAUUCAGUUGUCAUUAAUUCAAUAACUUUAUUCUCUAGAGGCUGGAGUGCUGGCACAAUCCUCUGGGCUUCAGUCUGAAAGCCAAUGCCUUAAUCUGGUGCUCUCUUCUAAAGUCUGGUCUGUGGUGACUCAGUGUAUGAGGUGCUUGUUCAGCCCUGGGUACAAUUUCAGUGCUGUCCAAAUAAGUUCUUUAGGAGUUUCUAGCCUGGUUUCACCUAGUCAGUAUUACAGGAAAUAGGUUCUACCAAGGAACAGUCUUUUUGUUAAAAUGGGAAGUCAAAAUGAGGUCAGAUAUCAACGUAUGUUGGUGUAUACAUAAAAGAACACAUGACAAUUAAAAUUUGAUGAAGAGUAGGCAUAAAUGGUGCUGCCUGGGACAAAUUUGCCUCAUACCCUACUGCAUGGCAUAUGACCAUCUUCAAUGUUGAUGCAGAACAGAAGGAUGUUAAACCCCAAUUUUAUUUCAUUAGAUGAAUUUAUUACAAAACAAGAAGACUGUGAUCCUGCAAAGGUAUGAACUGCAGUCUCCCAUCUCUAGCCCCCCCCCCCCCACUCCCUUAGCCAUGGACCCAUAGAAACAAAAGCACUUUGGAGAAACCAUUUUCUGUCAACUGUCUUAAAUUCAUCAACAAUUAUAUUAUGCAGGGCCCGCGACAAUCACCACAGCCACAAGUUUUCUUCUACUAUUCAUCAAGUAAGAGUGUAUUUUUUAAAAAUUUAUACCAUGUGUGUAAUUUAUAUUAUGUGUGUAAUUAUAUUAGCUUGUGAAUCAUAAAAUAAAAUUGUAAAAUUGC